AAAGUGACCACAUUUUUGUGCAGACGUCAAUCUCUGCCAACUGAAAUUAAUUUUUGAACUAUACCCGCUGUAGGAAUGCCUGACAGGAUAAAUGCCAAGCUUGGAUUUCUUAACUACGACAUUUCCACAGCUUUGGAAGAACUCGACUUUACAAGAGCAUUUGGACCGGGGAUCCUGGCGGCUUCGUUCUAUGGGAUUGUUUCGGGAUCGAUGUCUUUUGUUAAUAAGGUAAGAAAAAUUUUACAGAAGCCAUAAACUGUAGCGAAAGAGAACGAGUUAGGGAUAUUCAUGUUCCAAUUUUGAAAAAGCUCGCACUAUGUUAAACUUUCCUUUCACUGCUGACCAAAUAUCGUACGACAUGUAGACAUGUGUGCCUUUUAAGGUUGGGGAAAGUGUAAGUGUACGCUUAUGUUUAAUGCGUAUUUGAAUUACAACAAGAGUGAUCUCCGUAUAACUCCGUACUAUUCUAAAACAAGGCCGUAAUCCUUUAGACAAUCUACUGUUUUCCUCAUUGUUUUCAUUGUUUUCUUUAUUCAAGAAAUGUAUGAAGAAUUCUUGCCUCAUAAAAUACACUGACUAAGUUUCUUGUGAUGAAAUUAGGGAGACUAAACUUAAAAAUAUGGUUCAGAGAGUAGGGUACUGAUCAUGCUUAAAUCCAGAGGGAAGGGAGUGGAAGCAUCAAGUUGGAGAUAUCUUUUCAUCCAUUUAAAUCAUCAAGGAGAAGCUAAGGGAUUAGGGUGCCACAAUAUAUAUACUGCAUCUACCCUUCUACACACUUAAUAAAAAUAUAUGUUCUUGGCAUAUCAAAUUUCAAUGUUUUGACAACGAAACUGCAAUAUUUACCUGCCCAUUUGGAUGAGGGUUUUGCAUUGCUUGCCCAUUUAAAAAGGUUUUGUGUUAGUGAUGGUGGUCAUCAAUACACACUUAAUGUAUGGUCCCAAGGGAAACAGUUUUUUUUUCGAGAGUCCUGAUGUUUCCUGAGGUGAAGUCGAAGGAAACAUCAGGACUUGAGGGAAUACAAAACUAACUAGUUUCCCAAGGGACCAUACAUUAAGUGCUUUGUUUGACUCUCCCUUAAACGAUCAUGUGCUGUUGUAUUUGGCUUGUGGGCAACAACUGUACAGUUGUAUCCUGGUCAGGAUACAUUUGAAUUUAAUCAGGGCAUCUGACCAAGAAUCAACCAAUCACAGUGCUUGUUUUGUUGAGUGGAAUUCUGGGUAUAUAACAAUGGUGUUUCUAGUUAGCAAACAAGGCAGAAAUUUCAUGGGUGGCAUACCACUGACCACCAACUUAUGAAAUCAAAUGAUAUAUCUUGCACAGCCAGGUAAAGGUUACAGAACUCUUAAACAACAGUUUCCAUGGUAAUAUGUUUGUUUACAUUCUAUCAAAAUUUUAACAAACUUUUAAGUUUUGUUUUCAAAGCAUUGAAGUUUAAUAGGCUAAAAGAACAUGUUUUUAAUGUAUGCAUGGAAGGGUAGAGAUGAUAAAUCCACACAAAUGGUAAACUUAAUAUUAGUGCUGUUAUGAUAGCAUUGUGUGGGUGAGACUCACUGGUGUUACUGGUUAUAAACAAGACAAAAAAUACUUGCAUGAUAUGUUUUUAUUAUUUGUCUUUUUCCCAAACAAUGGUUGCUAAUCCUCUAAGUUUUGUGUACUUAAACUAUAUAUAAGACAAAAAGAAAACAGUGUUAAUUACAAUAUGAACUUUUAUAAUAUGGUCCAUAGUUAAUAUAUUUCUGGUGGGAUUAAAAGAAAGCAUAUUUUUCCAAAACACGUCAUAUGCAGGGGCCAUCUUUAGAGCUCCUUGCUUAACAUGUGAUGACUCUAAAAAAAAAGUCACCCUCAAAACAAUUUCCCUGAUUGUAUGGGUACCAAUGGCCUCUUGUUAACCUUUUAACUCCCAGAAGUGUACUAAGUCUACUGUAUCAAUACAUUGUCCAGAAAACAUGUAAUGAGAGUACUCAAAUGUAUCAGGUAAAAGUUGUUAUCUUGAUCUAACACCAAAUUCUCAUAAUUAACUAACAAGGAAGCAGCUAGAGGGGAGAAUUAACGAUCAGAUAUUGGCCAAAGCUGGAAAAUUCCUAGUAUUAACUCCAACACCAUAAACAGAGAUAAUGCUUGAAAGGUCCUAGCAUGUUCAUGUUGGCCAAAAUUUUUAUUAUGAACAGUGAUCUUUAAAAGAGAGUUUCUGUUCAUUUUCACUCCCAAGAUCUCAUCUGUAGUUCUCCUUAAUGUCAGCCAUGCAAUUCUUAGGAAUGUUAGUGUGCAGAAUUUGGUAUCAGAUCAACUAACAAUCCCCUUAUAUUAAUUUUUCUUUGUUCUGGUCACUUGUCUGCUUGAUUUUGUAUUCAUUUGAUAUUGUGAGGAUAAAUUCUGUCUUGGCACUCAUGGGAGCUUAAGGUCUAAGUAGAGAAAGUUACAAUGGUUGGCCACUGAUGUACCCAAUUUUCUGUGAAAAUACUUCUCUGGCAAAUUCUGGCAAUAAGAAAAAAAGGAGCUGUUUCUGUGUGUGCCUUAGGAGGAAAUUCUGCAGAGUAAUGAGGUAUAGCAUGAAAAUAAGGAACAACUGUAAUGUUAGCAGUUAUAAGCUCAGCAAGUUAACACUUCUAUGUUAAUGAUUUUUUCUUGGCAGAUUGUCUUGACCUCAUAUACCUACCAUUUUCCUAAUGUCCUUAUGUUGGCUCAAGUGAUUAUGUUAUCAAUUACUGUUGAAGUUGUGAGGCUUUUGGGAUAUUCCAAUGUGCCGAAGUACACACUAGAAAGGUAUAUCUUAUUAUUAAUAUGCAGUUCAUACUCUAAUUCUAAUUAAAAUCCGUCAAAUAUUUUUGCUUGCCUGCUGUUGGCCUAAAUAAGAAUACUGUAUUUCUUUGAAUAAGGUGCCCUCACCAGAAUGAGCUCCCACCCCAAGGCCAUAAUUUCAAACAAGGGCUCCUUAGGCUCAGGGUUUUUAAAAAUAUUAUCAAGGUACAUAAAGAUUCCUACAAACUAUUAUUACGAAUUAUUUUUAAUUUAGGUUAUUAUGUCUAUGGUAUGGUUAAUAUACAUAAAAGGGUUGUUUCCUUUGGAAGAGGAAAUGUUUUAAACCAAAGCUUGGGCAUUAAUUUCAAUUCUAAGAUUAGUCAAGCCAUUGCAUUUAAUUCUGAUUUACAUAUUAUUUCAGUUUUAUUUUGUGUCAUUUAUAUUAAUAUUUUCGAUUAUCUGGACUCCCUAUUAUCCAGACUGCAUGUAUUUAAUCCAGUCCCGGCAAGUGUGGAUAAUUGAGGUUGGAUUAUAUGAAAACCUAUUUCAAAGAGCUUCCUUAUAUGGAAGAUAUACAGCUGUACCACGGCCCAAAUCCAGUUAAUUUAUCUUUGACAAUGUCUUUUUUGUAACUUCUCUGUAUAAUUAAAACAGAGAAUCAGGUGGGUGUUGCAUCAUUGUACAUGUAGUUGUGGUUUUCAAAGUUCAGGCUGCAUAACCAUUGGAAAAGAUUGGAUGAAUAGUAACUGUUACAGAAGACAGUUUUCCUGGUGGCCCUCAAAAUUUGUUAAAACCCUUUAAAUGCCAAAGAAAUGUUAUAAGCCCAGUGUGAAUCAAAAAUCCCCAAACCACUUAAUUUUUGUAUGCACAGUGGAACAUAUCAGUCUUAAAAAAUUUAAAUAAUUUGAAUUAACCCUUUAACUCCCAUGAGUGACCAAGACAGAAUUUUUCCUGACAACAUCAAUACAAUAUCAACCAGAUAAGUGAUGAGAAUAAAGAAAAAUGUCAAUCUGGGUAUAAUUAGUUGAUCCAAUUCUAAAUUCUCUGAUCUAACAUGGUAAGAAUUGUAUGGUUAACAAUAAGGAGAAUUACAAAUUUGAUCUGGGAGUUGAAGGGUUAACCAAUGAGCGUGGGCCUGAAAAUGAACACCAAAAAAAGAAACAAAGUCCGUAAUUGUACGCGUAAUUGUGUUGCCAGGGUGUAAGUGCUGACUGAUAUCUUUUAAAGGUAUCUGUUAAUUUCAUAAGAGCAGAAAAGGUCACAACAAAAGAUGUUAGUCUUUUGGUUUAACCCUCCUGUGAUCUGCACUUCAUGGCUAGUUAUUUCUUCAAGUCUGAUUAAAACAAUUUGAAUCCAUAGUUUAAUUGUAUUUUUGUUUUUGAUUGUAUUUCAAUAGAGGAAAGAUGUUUUUUAUUCCUUCAAUAUGCUUUGCCCUUCACACAACAUUAGCUCUUCAAGCCCUGGAUUAUUUAACCAUACCAAUGUAAGUAUGAUCUGAUAUAAUAAGAUUUUAAGUCACAAGUGGAAACCAAAGAAGACUAGGGUGGAUGCCCACUUACCUGAGAGUGUUAUGUCAGACUCUUGUUAUUGUCAUAUGAACAGACAGUGUGCUUUCUGCCAGACAAAUGGAGAUUUGACAAAAUUGAUCCCCACUGUUCUGUUGCCAUGUCAAAGUUGAUAUUUUUUUGUUGAUUUGCAAAAUUAAGACAUAUUUCAAUUGCCAAGAGUCAAUUAUUAUCCAUGGGGUGUCCACUUACAAGAGAGUGUACACAAAAGAAAAAGCUAAUUUUCAUUUCAAAAGUGUCUGCAUCUGGUCACAAGAGAGUGUCCACUCAUGGGAAUAGGUAGAAACAGUUAGAAUAGGGGGGCAAAAGGGGAAUUGAGGAAGUGUCCACAGGUAGAACUGUCCACUUACAAGAGUGUCUGUUAGUGGAGAAUUGACUAUACUUUAUUUUUUGAAUUGCUUGUCUAAGUUUUAGUAUUACUUUUUGGAUGUUACAUAAUAUUCCCACAAUCAUUCUAGAUGCUACUUUAAACCAAAAAAAUUUCAAACUGCAUUUGAAAUUGAUACCAAUAUUAUAAUCAACACCUUUCAUUUGGUAACUAUGGCCAGAUGUUGUUUCAUGAAGGAGGGUAUAAUUUUGAAAUUUUAAAAUUUGCUUUAUUUGUUCUGCCAUUAAAAGUAGGUAAAAUUAAGAAAAUGGAUUCCAUGUAACCAUUAGUCUGUUCAUUAACAGAUGACAGAAAACAUCAAAAUGUGGUGUUUGAAAAGUACAAUAGAAUUUUUGCUGCAUGCUGCAGUACACACUUAAUUCACUAUCUGUCUUGGAGUAUGAGGUGAAUAGCAUAGCUUAUCAGAUAGCACCAGUUGUGAUAGAAUGCUGAUAGGUUGUAGUCUCCUUUCUUGUGUGAAUAUUUUUAUGCAGCUUAAAUUGUUAAGGGAGAAGAGUUGAGAUGACUUAAAGAACAUCAUUGUAUUAUUAAAAAGCCCUUGCUUAUAGGUACAGCAAAAUUCCUCACUAAUUAAUUGUUGACUUAUUGUUUCCUUUUCCUGUUUAAGGUACAAUGUUUUACGAAGACUUCUCCCUCUGACAAGUUUGUUGUUUGCUUGUUUUAUGUUGAAAAAGAAGCCAUCCCUUAUGAUUGUUACUUCUGUUAUGCUUGUUGUAAUUGGUUGUAUUACAGCAGGUGAGAACUGUUUCAUUUUGAGGAAGCUUUAAUUUUUUUGUUUACAUUUUAAAAAACACAAGUCAUGUAUGAUGUGAUGGUGAAAAAAUUGCCCAAUAAUUGAGAGAAAUAUUUUAUCCCCAAGCUCAUACUGCAGAAUAUGUUGUCCACUAUGAUGGUGAAUAUAACAGAUUAAUGUUCAAAUUACAACAAGAAAAUUGAAAAGAAAGAAAACAACAACAAAAGUUUACAACAAAAAUUGGCAAUGUUAGAAGGUUUUGGAGGUCAGACUCUGUGCUAAUGUUUUUUAUUUUUUUUUUCCCCUUCAGGAUUUGGAGAUCUAGAGUUUUCAGCCUUUGCCUAUGUCUCUGCUCUGCUAAGUGUGAUUUGCCAGUCUUUUUAUCUUACGUACAUCCAAAAGACAGGCUCAGAAAAGGGUUUAUCAGCCCUGACUGUACUUCACACAAACAGUAUCAACUGUAUUCCUCUUCUGCUCAUUUACACAUUGUGCAAUAAGGAGCUGCAGGCAGCUCUUAAGUUUGAUGGAUACUACGUUGUUGAAUUUCAGGUUUGUCUCAAAAUAGGCAUUACAUUAUUAUUAUUAUUAUUAUUAUUAUUAUUAUUAUUAUUAUUAUUAUUACAGAAGCUGUUGAAAGUGAAUAAAAAGAGCCCUAUUGGCAUGACUAUACAUUGGCACAAAGAGUGUUACAAUGCUAACUCUAACAAAAAGGAAACUGAGAAUUGAAAAUGAAAGUGAAUUUACCUUGCAAACUUGAGUCAGCCUUGUAAAUAAUAAAUAUGAAGAUGUCCUAAUCAUGGUAAACCCUUGAUUACUUUUAAAAUGGUUAUAACCAUAACAUUUUUUUUUCCAUUUUUCAGGCUGCACUUUUUCUUGAUGUUGGGAUGGGCUGUAUUUUGAGUUAUUCUCUAUUUUUAUGCACAACAAUGAACACAGCAUUGACAACAAGGUAAAACAUCCAUUAUUAUUUUGAUGCUUACUUUUGCACAUGUUCAAUAAUCCCGAUGUGUUUGAUUGUUAGAGUGUUGCACUCAUUGGAGUGCAUUAGAAUCCCAAUUUCUUGAUCCUUUUAAUCCUUAAUAACAAUUUUUAGUGAAAAAUUUUCAGUAUGUAAUUCAGUAUUAAUUUCAAACAGUGUAGAAAGUAAAAAGUAAAUUGAUUGACAGUAGAGUAGAGAAAAUACAUCAAAACAAGUUUUUUUCCCAGUGUUUGAGGGAAGGUGCUAAGAAAAAAAAAGCCAAGCAAAGCACAAACAAGCAGCUAAAAGUCUUGAGGUCUCAGGCUUAAGAAAACAAAGAAAGUAUUGAAAAGUACAAAACUUAAUGCAAUGAACAAAACUCCUGAGGACUAACCCAAAAGUUUGUAACAAAGUUGGGGAAGAUGAUGAGCCUAAUACCCAUCAUAAUUUUUCAAGAACUACAAAUUUCAUUUGCCUUGUGGACUUAUGCAAUUUGGAAGAGUUUGAAAUACUAAACCUUGCUGAUUUAUUCAAACUGCAUUUAAAAUUUUGCUUUUGGUGAUGAAUUUUUUUUAGUAACCAGUCCACUGACAGCACUUGAGCACUUUUUGACAUUUUAGGUGGUUUAUACUUUAAUUUUUAUUGUCCAGGUGAAGAUGAAAAAUUCUUUAAAAGCCCUAGAAAUGACUGUUUUUCAUGUCAUCAUCAGAGUCUGUCAAAGCUGUAUUUCAGUUGAAUGUUUUACUGUGUCUGGUUUGUCAAAAGUGACUGGUUACUUUUAUCAUCAUGAUAUUUGCCACUAACUUCAAUAAUAUAUGUCAGAAUUUUAAUAAUCAAGAUCCAUUUUCUUCAGGGGCAACACAUAAAUGAAAUUUAUUGGAAAGUAUUUUUCUUUGAGAAAUUACUUUAAUUUGCUACUUGGAAAUAGAAAUUAAAGUACCACAUACUUGCUUUUUAGGUUAACCCUUUAAUUCCCAGAAGUGAUUAACAUGUUACUUCUCCCUAUAUUAUCUAAACAUUAUCCAGCAAACAGGUCAUGAGAAUAUUCAAACUUAUCAGGUUGAAGUUGUUAUCUUCGUCUAACACCAAACUUCUUGUAACUUAUUGACAAGGAAAUGUUUAGCAGCCAGAAAUGAGAAGUAACAACCAGAUCCUGUGAGUUGAAGGGUUAGAGAGAGAAGGGUGGUGGUGGGGAAGGGGAGGGAGGGGGCAGUAUAACAAUUUAGUCUAAAAAAUAAUGCAGGAUUGCAUUGGUUUUCCAUUGCUGCUCUCUGUCACUGGUUAUAAAAAAGAAACUUGUGUCACCUACACCAAUGCGAUCCAAGAUUAAAACCAAUUGCAACUUGGUUAAAUUUAUUUGUGUUCAGUUGUCAUUGGGUCUCUGUAUAUAUUCCUUUUAGUUUUUUUGGUUGAACAUUUCUAAUUAUAUUAUGAUUGGUUAAGUGGUAAAAUGGCACUCUUCUGAUUGGUGCUCCAGAGAGGAAAAUACCCUAAGAAACUUACUCUUUUUUUCUUGCUAGCCUUGUAGGCGUUGUCAAAGGUGUCUUGACGACCAUCAUUGGAUUUUAUACAUUUGGUGGAGUGGCUGCCACUCCGUUAACACUCAUCGGAGUUUCCCUGAAUACCCUUGGGGGAGCCUUGUACUCUUAUGCUAAGUACUCAGAGAAAAUGGCAUCAGGAAUUCAGAAACAUUUUCACAAGCAUACCAUAGAAAUUGAACCAGUUCUUGCAACUAAGGAACAUCUAGAAAAGGAAAAGUUUGGAUCUUGUGGCCUUACAAAUUGGACUCAACGCAGUUUUAUGCCUGAAGAUACAGUGAGGUCCUCUGUUGUGUUGGUAGAGGAUCUUUCAACUGAUUCAGAUUCAGGUGUAGGAUAAUUCACAGUUUGACCGUGGAACACCCUGACAAGUACAGCCAUGUGGGUCUCUGGGUUGGUAAGCUGUCUCUUAACCUCACCUUACAGUUUUACCAUUUUAUUUGGAGUAGACAGUUAUGUAAAUAGAAAAAGUACACUUUGAUGUAGCGUUCAUGCACGUAGGGCCUACAGGAUUGGUUGUUGUUAUAUCUUGGCCAGUUGUCACUGCAGCAAAAUGUAUUUAGUCAACUUAAACAUUGGCACAACUAUAAUUUUGUGUCAAGACUAAGGUAAUUAGGUUCAAUUUCCACUGUUCUUUCAGUGGGUUCUCCCCCAAUUUAGGCUCAUUUCCCAAUCUGGGUCUGACUAAUGAGGUCAAUAGGUCAUACACUUCAUGUCCUAUCCAUCUCUUAUCAAAACCUUUUUAUUCAAUUUGAAUUUGUAAAUGUUUUAAAUUGAAAGCAUAUUUAAAGUGUAUGUUAUAGCGAGUAUGCCCAUUUAUGAACAUCUGCCUGACCAAAACUAAGAUAUAAAUAAACUAAUCUACUAACACUGUGUGAAAAUGAUGAAAUAAAUAAGUAAAUAAAUAGUACAAGUUAUUUAAAUUUAUGGAAAGAUAAGCCACAAGUGCUUAGAAACACAUUUUUGUAUGUACAUGUCACAAGAGAAAAAGUAUUUUCAGAAGGGUAGGCUUUAUUCUCUUGGUGUCGUACAAUAACAAGGAUAUCAAAUACAGCUUGGUGAAAGAUAUCUCAUAUCUUCUAAUAUGUUUAUAUUUAAAUUUUAGAUAUUUUUUUUGAAAUUUAAUUGUCAUACUGCUGGGAAAUGUUAUACGGGUUUUUACUUGAGGGAAAUCUUUCUUCAAAAUAAAGUUAAAACUACCAUCCAUCUGCAAUACGCGAAACUUUAGACUAUCUGUUUAUUUCGUGGUCCGCUCGUCAAAGUCCCUGUCUGUCCACAUGUUUGCGUGACUGUCUGCUAAUAUUUCGUCUACGAUUGGUCUUCCGCAUUUAGGGCGGGAGGGGGAGGCGUAGAUAAGGGAGUAAGGGCUCGUCCUGGGCUGUGUGCGCGACCAUCUUCUUUGAAAGGGGGAAAAUUGUACUUAAAUUAUUUUGUAAUUUAUUUCAUUUUAAGUUGUUAACUUUAUAUUUAAGCGCAAUCUGGCAAUCCUGAAGUUAAGGUCAGAAGUUAGCGAACAUCUUCCCUGCAAGGAAAAUUCUUCCAGAACUACUGUGUUGUCGCGUAUCUGGUCAAAUCGGUCACUGAAAGCGUAUUUGGUUUUAACAUGUUCCUGAUAGUGGAGAUGUUAAGAAAUUGCUGGCCAUUACGGACGUUUGAAAACUGAAUAUUUUGAAGAGGACAAAACUAAAGUGUCGUUUGAAUGUGAGAGAUUAGACCAAGGGUUUUCGUGAAAACAGCAAUGUCUUUCAAACCCGAAAAAGAGAAGCGUUGUGAAAUCUUCUUGUUAAAUUGGCUACGGCUCGAACCCAUGCCCCUCGAUCCAUUGUCCAGCGCUCUAACUUUUCUGCUGGUAGCCUACGUGUAACCGUGCCCUCCCCU